UUUGGGAAAUACUUUAAUUCUAAAGGCGAAGUAUUCUACAGGAGUACACUUGGUUUACAUUUGAAACCAGGAAAGAUACCGGAAUACUAAUUUCAUUAUGCUUGCUGAGGGAAGAGAGACGCCUGUCGCCACUUUGGCACAUACAAAUAGCGGACAUCGCGAGGAGCCCUGCCAACGCAUUAACGCAAUUGACCACAGUCGUAGACACCGAACUGCAUUCACCCGGGAACAACUGUCCCGCCUGGAGCAAGAAUACCUAAAAGAGAGCUACGUUUCUCGACCGAGGAGAUGCGAGCUUUCGACAGCACUCAACCUCCCUGAGACCACAAUUAAGGUGUGGUUCCAAAACAGGCGGAUGAAGGACAAGAGGCAACGUCACUCACUCAGCUGGCCACACCCCCUGGACCCCAACCUCUGCGCCCUGAUGGUGAGCCAGGCGGCGACAGGCCUACCGUACCCCUUCCUAUCCCACCUGCCCCUACACCUCUACUCCCAUCUUGGGGUUGGGGCGGCUGCCCCUCUCAGGCCACUGGAUCCCCUGCGCCUCUCCCAUACCCCCUACCCCAGGAUCGGUGGUCUAACGCCGACCACCCUCUACCCUCAUUCGAAUGUGAUGCACCACCCCGCCACCUGCCCGUGUCCAGUGUGCCUCCACUGGGGAUCAGACCCACUGCUCAAAGCCAGGGGAGAGUGUGCUGUCGGCCUGAGUCGGGCUUGCAGUCCCAAAACCAUGGCUGCCGGUAUGGACAGGAGGGAAGAGGUGGCUUUGCCCAGAUGA